GAAGACCUCUUUCUAUUCUUUCCCCUAGUUAAAGGAAAUAAUUCUUAUUGAAAAUCUGUUUCUCUUCCCGCCAGGUGCACAUCACGGAGGAUAACGUGGAACAUCUCCUCCCGGUGGCUGACCAGUUCCACAUCCUGGGCCUCGUCAAGGCCUGCUCCAAGUUCCUCCUGCACCAUCUGAGCAUCGAGAACUGCCUGGGAAUCUGGCAGUUUGCCAAGGCCUAUUUCUGCACCUACCUGGAGCACAUGACGCUCAAGUUCAUUCUCAGAAAUUUCGGCGAGAUCUCGGCGGUUAGUAACGAGAUUUUGAUGUUGGCUCCGGAUGAGCUGUUGAGUUUGCUCAAUUCGGACGACCUCAACGUCAGAGAUGAGAGGUUUGCCUAUGAAGCAGCUAUAAGAUGGAUCUCAAUAAAGCCUGAGGAAAGGAAAGAAUACAUCGUCGACAUCUUGAAAUCUCUUCGUUUGGGUCUGAUAGGGACAGAGUAUUUCAUGCGUCAUGUGAAAACCAACGAGUUCGUGGUGGGCAACCCGGACUGUAAACCUAUUAUUAUACAGACUCUGGCGCUGAUGCAUGACUUUGAGAUGACGAACGCGAUGAACCUGGCUAUAGGCAACCCCCUAAUGCGACCUAGACUUCCCCAUGAGUUGUUGUUUGUUAUUGGAGGGUGGAGCGGGGGAAGUCCGACCAAAGCCAUUGAGGUGUACGACUCCCGAGCUGACCGCUGGAACCUCAUGGACCCGGAUGUGGAGGACACCGCUACAGCACGAGCGUACCACGGGUCGGUGUAUCUGGGCGGUAAGAUCUACGUGAUCGGCGGCUUUGACGGCACUGAGCAGUUCAGCAGUGUGCGCGUGUUUGACCCCGAGACACGUGCCUGGGCUGAGAGCGCGCCCAUGCACCACAAGAGGUGUUACGUGAGUGUCGUGGUCUGUGAGGGUCUUAUCUACGCCAUGGGAGGUUAUGACGGCCGUCAUCGUAUGAACACAGCAGAACGCUAUAAUCCCAAGUACAACCAGUGGUCUUUCAUCUCCCCCAUGCACCAACAAAGAAGUGAUGCCUCGGCUGCCACCUUAGAUGGUGAGAGAUUGAUACUUUCAGACUUUGCUUCAUUAAUGUGGUAA